CGUCCACCACUCAGUGACGUGUGCAGGCGGCGCUGAGCUCUGGUCUGCGGCGCGGAGAACGGAGGCGGAAGAGUGCAACCAUGAACUGGAGUAAAGGAGGUCCAAGUGGCAAACGUGGCUUUGGUUUUGGGGGAUUUGCCAUUGCUGCAGGAAAAAAAGAAGAGCCAAAGCUCCCGCAGAUUUCGCAUAGUGCUUUCAGCACAACAUCUACCUAUGGCACUGCCAACAGCUCCCAGCUACCUUCAUUCUACAAGAUUGGGUCUAAGAGGGCCAACUUUGAUGAAGAGAAUGCAUACUUUGAUGAUGAGGAAGAAGACUCCAGUAAUAUGGACCUGCCAUACAUCCCAGCAGAGAAUUCUCCAACCAGACAGCAGAUUCGCUCCAAAACAACAGACUCUGACAGCGAAGAAGACCCUCUAGAGGCCUUUAUGGCGGAAGUAGAGGAUCAGGCUGCCCAGGAUAUGAGAAAACUUGAGGAAAGAGACAAGGAGAAGAAGAAUGCAAGGGGUAUCAGGGAUGACAUUGAGGAAGAAGAUGACCAGGAAGCCUAUUUCCGGUUCAUGGCGGAGAACCCAACAGCUGGGCUGCAACCUGAAGAGGAAGAAGACAAUCUUGAGUAUGACAGUGAUGGUAACCCUAUCGCCUCAACCACCAAACGCAUUAUUGAUCCUCUCCCUGCAAUAGACCAUACAGAGAUAGAUUAUGCACCUUUUGAGAAGAACUUCUAUGAAGAACAUGAGGAAAUCACUGCUCUGACUCCACAGCAGAUUGUAGAGCUGAGGAAUAAACUGAACCUACGGGUCUCUGGAGCGGCUCCACCCCGUCCGGGCAGCAGCUUUGCUCACUUUGGAUUUGAUGAACAGCUUAUGCACCAGAUUAGGAAGUCUGAAUACACCCAGCCCACGCCUAUCCAAUGUCAGGGUGUUCCUGUGGCGCUCAGUGGACGAGACAUGAUUGGCAUUGCCAAAACUGGAAGUGGUAAAACAGCAGCAUUUAUCUGGCCUAUACUGGUGCACAUUAUGGACCAGAAGGAGCUGCAGCCAGGAGAUGGGCCCAUUGCCAUCAUAGUGUGUCCCACACGAGAGUUGUGUCAGCAGAUUCACAGCGAGUGUAAGCGGUUUGGCAAAGCCUACAAUCUACGCUCUGUAGCAGUGUAUGGAGGAGGCAGUAUGUGGGAACAAGCAAAGGCUCUGCAAGAAGGAGCAGAGAUAGUCGUUUGUACACCGGGACGUCUUAUUGAUCAUGUGAAGAAAAAGGCGACCAACCUACAGAGAGUCACCUACCUUGUAUUUGAUGAAGCGGACCGCAUGUUUGACAUGGGUUUUGAAUACCAAGUUCGAUCCGUUGCCAACCAUGUGAGGCCGGACAGGCAAACCUUGCUGUUCAGUGCCACGUUUCGGAAGAAAAUUGAAAAGCUGGCCAGAGAUAUUCUGAUUGAUCCCAUCCGGGUUGUUCAGGGUGAUAUUGGAGAGGCUAAUGAGGACAUCACUCAAGUGGUAGAAAUUCUUCCCUCUGGUCCAGAUAAGUGGUCCUGGCUGACUCGUAGACUUGUGGAGUUCACAUCCACUGGGAGCGUCCUCCUGUUUGUCACCAAAAAAGCUAAUGCCGAAGAGCUCGCCAACAACUUGCGCGUGGAAGAUCACCCAUUAGGUCUUCUUCAUGGAGACAUGGACCAGAGUGAAAGGAACAAGGUUAUCACAGACUAUAAAAAGAAGAAUAUCCCCAUCCUAGUUGCUACAGAUGUUGCUGCCAGAGGUCUGGAUAUUCCAUCAAUUAAAACUGUCGUCAACUAUGACGUAGCACGAGAUAUCGACACACACACUCACCGCAUCGGUCGUACAGGCAGAGCAGGGGAAAAAGGUGUGGCCUAUACGCUUUUAACACCCAAAGACAGCAAUUUUGCUGGGGACCUAGUGAGGAAUUUGGAAGGAGCCAAUCAAUACGUAUCAAAGGAGCUGCUUGAUCUGGCAAUGCAGAAUUCCUGGUUUAGGAAGUCUCGAUUCAAGGCUGGGAAAGGCAAGAAGCUGAAUGUAGGUGGUGGUGGACUUGGCUACCGAGAACGUCCUGGGCUUGGAGCAGAAACCUCUGAACGUGCUAUUAGCGGCAGUGUGAUGAGCAAUUAUGAGGCCUUCAAACCUACAGGAGGAGCAAUGGGAGAUCGACUAUCUGCCAUGAAGGCUGCAUUUCAGUCACAGUACAAAAAUCAUUUUGUUGCUGCUAGCUUGAGCACACAGAAAACGGGAACGUCAACCAUCAACUCCGGAGCUUGGACGAGUGCGGGCAGCUUAAGUUCAGUUCCCAAUUCUGCACCACAGACUCAGUCAUCGCCAUCAGAACUAUCUCCACCCACCUCCAGAGGAAUGCUUGGCUUUACCAGCAGUGGAACACUUAGCAGUGUUCCAACAGCUUAUCCACCCAUGGUUAUUCCUAGCUUACCCGCAGCCAGCCCAUAUAGUAGUAAAGAGGGGUCUAGUAGUAGUAGCAGUAGUAGCAGCAGCAAAGAAAGCAGUGGUGGCCGGGAUAAAUACAGUGAAGGAAGAGGGAGGCAUGGGGAUAGCCAUCGGCAUGGAGAUGGACAUCGCCAUAGUGACAGAGAUGGGCAUCGCCAUUCCGGCAGUAGCCGACACAGUGAGAGCCGUAAUGGUGGUGAAGGGAGGAGAAAUAGUGAUGGGCGGAGGGAGAGUUCCCGGGACAGUGAAGGAAAAAGAGAGAGCUCACGAGACCGGGAAGACAGCCGGAGAGACAGCUCUGGAGACAGUCGAAGAGAAAGCCGAGAUGGAGGAGAAAGCCGAAAAGAGAGCUCACGAGAUGGCGACAGUCGUAAGGAGGAAUCCCGAGAUAAUGGGAAAGGUGAAACAUUUGCUGUACCAGAUCCACCCAAACGCAAAAAGAGCAGAUGGGACAGUUAAAGUUCCUGUUUGGAAUUGGCUGGUGUUGCUUAGAGCACUACAUCUUUGUUCUUGGUUUUUUUUUUUGCUUGCUUUUGGUGGACAUGAAGUCCCAAACUGAAUGUUAGUCAAAUAAAUAUUCCCAUCCCCUGGAAUUGUCACACGCCAUGAAUUUGCAUCAUAAGAGCAUUUACCAAGCUCACAAGAGGAUGUCCUGUAUUCCUAUGCUUCUUUGUGUAGAGCAGUAUAUGCUGAAAUUCCCAACUGUAUCCCAUGCUUCGUACAAUACGCAAAACUUGGAGCAUCUCAAGUGACAGCCAUCUUCAUCGAUAACUGCGUGUUUAGAAUGUGUUUUCUGUAUAUAGGUUUUAGUUUUUUUGUUGUUUUUCAUGUACCGAGCUGUUCUCAUUUCACACAUAUUGAUUAAAUGAAAACCAACUUUUGUUUUAAUAUGG